AGUAGAACAUAACAAUGGAAGUCAGAGGAGUCUCUUCUCAUCAUUUGAUUUGUUUCCUCUUCGUCUUUGUAUUCCUUGAAGUCUCUAUUUUCGCUCAUGGACGCCUUCUCCUCGAAGGGAAACCCGACCCUGAUAAUGCUGUUGCUACUGCUCGGUGGCUAGUCUCUCAGAAUUAUUGGGGGGUCUUGAGUACCAUUUCAAAUGAUAUGGGAGGAGCUCCAUUUGGGAAUGUGGUAUCUUUUAGUGAUGGAUUGCCUGAUCAAGGUCGUGGUAUACCCUACUUUUAUUUGACAACUCUUGAUCCAACUGCCAGAAAUGCAUUGAAAGAUCAGAGGUCUUCAUUGACAAUUAGUGAGUAUCCUAUUGGAACUUGUGGCACGACGGACCCUGAGAACCCCACAUGUGCAAAAUUAACCCUUACAGGAAAGUUGAAGUUGGUACACAGAGACUCUAGUGAAGCUGAAUUUGCUGAACAUGCCUUGUUCUCAAAGCAUGCUGAGAUGAAGGACUGGCCGAAGGAUCAUAACUUUGAGUUCUACAGACUGGAAAUUGAAGACUUAUUUUUGAUCGACUGGUUUGGUGGUCCUAAACCUCUCACUGUGGACAAGUAUCUGCAUCCCCCAAUUGUCUACAGGAUCCAACUGGCCUCCGUGGUGUGAAUAUCUAUCCGAUGCAAAUCCUUUGAAUGUUUAUAUUGUUCAAUGUCAAAUGUCAUUUGUAUAAUUUAAUCCUGUCGUCUUGUAUAUUCAAUGGCAAAUGCCAUGUAUAUCAUGUAAUUCAGUCAUCAUAAAAUAAAUAAAUGAACUAUUCUUCUGUAUAUUUUAGUUCAUAUUAAUUACUUUUAUUAACUACAUUUCCACCUUUGACCUAGUGUUUAUUCACAAAAAGAUAGACUGGACAUUGAAUUCACAC